AAUGGAGGCUGGGCUGCUGCGGAAAGUUUGUUUUUAAGCUAAACUAAAUAUCAAGACUGUACGAACGAAAAACUCCAACAAGCUAAAUAAAAACUCCAACAAGCGAAAGAAAAACUCGGAUACCCGGUUUUAUCACGUGAUGUUGAUGUUUACGCUUUACUGCGCAUGCUCCAUCUCACUAUUCUGUUUGAUUAUUGCGGCGCGUGUUAAAACAGGAGAUUGGAAUAUUAUUUUCCAUGUAUAGCAUUGUUUAAGGAAAAAAAGUCAUUCGGAAAUAGGAACGACUCCACAUAUAAACGUGUCUAGUGAUCCACGGAUAUUUAUAUCGAGUCCAAACAUGGCAGGAGGCAAGGUGGCAAAGGGGAGGGGGUGAGGAUGGCCGCCAUUGGCACGGACAGGCAGUCCCACCUGGACUGUUCACUCAGAAGAACGCGCUUCUCAUCCUCAAACACCAAAUUACUCACUUCCGGUGGUGACCCCUACGUGGGAAAAAAAAUCAUCAAUGCUGUCAAAUAUUGCAGUAUCACAACACUCAGCAAAGUUUAUCCAAAAAGUGCAUAUUGGGCUAUAUUAAGGAGGACUCCGUACAUGGAGCUUAAACCUGUAUCCUCAAGGACAACAGGUGACCCCCCCCCUUACCCCUCCUGCACCCUCCACCUGUCUUCCCUUCUCCGCGGCGGGCUGGCGACCCCAAAGCAGCCGUCAUUCAGUAGAAAUGCUAUGCUGAUCCGGAGCGGACCCCCUCGGUCACCGGAUCAGCAGCAGCUGCUUGGCCACACGGUGCUAUUUUCACCCUUAUAGGAUAAAGUGAUGUGCGCGCCGCGCCUUACCGCAGCGCCACUCAGACGUCAGAGCGCCAAGAUGAAGUCCGCAAGCAGCGAGAGCGCUGAAAGCCUCGCCUCGGUCGUCUCGGACCGCGACGACUGGGACGGGAAGUCCACUGACUGCCAGGAGGAAGCGGCGGCUUUACGCGCACCGGCCAGACGGAAGAGACGACGGAGACGCGACAGAGCGAGAAGCGGCAGAGAAGCGCGUCCGCCGGGCGUCAGCAAACAGAGGCAAGCCGCCAACGCGCGGGAGCGAGACAGGACGCACAGCGUCAACACCGCCUUCACCGCACUGCGCACGCUCAUCCCCACCGAGCCCGCCGACAGGAAGCUCUCCAAGGUGGAGACGCUGCGUCUGGCUUGCAGCUACAUCUCGCACCUGGCUAACGUCUUGCUGCUGGGGGAGGAGAGCCGAGACGGGCAGCCUUGCCUGCGCCACCGCGCUGUCUCUCCGGGCUCCGUGCAACCGCUCCGGUCCAUCUGCACCUUCUGUCUGAGCAAUCAGAGGAAACAACUCAGAGACAACGGGAAGCGGCCAACUAAAGUGUGAGGCUUCGAACACAAGUGGAUUCAUCGGCCAUGUUUGUUUACAUUUGUACAUAUUGAAAUAUAUUUAUUUUGACUUUAGAGGUAACAAUCAGCACUGCAAAGCACUUUUUCUGUGCACAUUUGUGCGCCUGCGAACCAAACUGUGUUUUGGUUGAGAUGCAACCUGAGACCUUAAGGUUGUUCUAUUUUUGGUCCCACUAAUUGCACAAACACCCCCCUCACCCUAACUAAACAGCAGCUCCCCAGUGCGUCACAUGAUCACAAUCAAAUUUUUUUUUUGCAGUGGUACAAUCCGUAAUGUAAACCUCCCGGGAAAUGUUGCACUACCUCAAACGUGUUUACUUCUACAUCAAACGUGUAACAUGACUACUUCUUUACUUUUUGCACAUUACAAAUAAAUAUUUUUG